GAAGCCCAAAUUUGAGCGAAGCGUGUCACUGUUACUAUGCCCUAUAAAUCCUAUAAUCGUCUUCUCCGCUUCUCCCCUCUUCUUUGCUCGAAUUGAAGCUGACCAUAGUCGUACGCAAAGAUCAAAUUGAAGCUCGAAUCAAGGAAUCCCCUCUCUUCUUUAAAUGAAUCAAAGUUCUCCUUUUUUGUAGGAACGAGUUCAACCAAAUUUUCGACUAAUACAAGGUGUGUCCGUCUUAUCUUCUAAAUAGUUUCUCAAGAAUGGAAUUUUGCCCCAGUUGUGCAAAUUUGCUUCAAUAUGAAAUGCGUAUGCCUGCUAGAUUCUUUUGUCGGUCAUGCCGUUACAUAUGUCCGAUAGAAAAAAAGGUGAAAAUAAAGAGAGGGGUAAUUCUCGCCCAUAAAGAGGCAACGCCAGUUGUUGUGGGAGAAAAGCAGCAUGUUGGGGCUACUACUGAUGCGACAUGUCCAAAAUGUAGCCAUGGCAAAGCAGAAUUUGAACAAAUGCAGACCAGAUCGGCUGAUGAACCCAUGACAAUAUUUUACAAAUGCUUGAACCAGAGUUGUAAACAUAAUUGGAGAGAAGAUUAAUCAGAUUCCUUCAUCAUUUGUCAUCAGUUCUCGUGAAGGUUUUGCUAGCGAUCAUGUCAUCUUUUCCUUUGGGUCGAUUUUGUUUUCUUAUUAUAGAAUUUUCUUUUUCUUUGCUCAUAGUUUACAGUUUUUUCCCCCAGAGUUCAUCUUGUAGUUUUCUUGGAGUUUUGGUGUUUGUGAAUAACUCAUGGCAGGGUUUAAGACUCCAUUAGGAUGAGUUAUUCUCGACAUUUAGGAUUUGCAGUUAUAUACAGAAUGCAAUUUGUGAUUAAGAUCAAGGUUGUGGUUGGUAUGGAAACUUCUACAUUUCCUAUGGAGAAGUUAUUUUCAAUGAAUAUGAGUAUACUUAAAAUCUCA